AUGACAGAUUGGCGACCCGCACCCGCACGUACCAGCGUCUUCCGGUUCCCUUGGCUGCUAUUUUUCUGGUGGGCACCGACAAAGCUUUGGCUACGUCGCUUGCUAAAAUAUUGGGUGCAACGGCCUCUCAUGAGAUUAUGCUUGGGAUCAAUUCAUGAAAAUGAUUAUGACUUAACAAUCACGGACCAGCAUUAUUCUGACGCCACACUUCCGUGUGGACUGGUUAAUACUGGCAAUUUGUGCUUUGUCAAUGCAGUUUUGCAGUGCCUAGCUGUGGUUCCAGGGUUUUUGGAUGGUGUGAAUCGUGCGCUGCAAAUGCGCACGCAGCUGCAUCACGUACAGGAGAUGGAUGAUGCCCAGACGCAAAAGCUGCUGGUAAUUCAAACACUUGUAAGCCUCUUAGAAGGAAUUCAAGCUGAACAUGACGAAGAUGAGGUCGAAUCAGCCGCUAGUCGAUGUACCUACUUGAUAUCUAGUGCUGCCUCCCGACAAGAGCAGCAAGAUGCUGAAGAGUUUUUGACGUUUUUGCUGGAAUUGUUGCAUGGUCUGCUGCGUGCUCCUGCACAGCCAGUGAGAUCGGAAGUGGAAGAACGACGACAGUUUUUGCUGUCCGAACAGCGCAUUUUAAACAGACUCAGGAGGUACGAUCCGGAUGAUCCGAGAUCGUAUCUUAAUGCUGUAGAAAAUCUUGGUGACUUGCGGUGGAAUUAUUACUUAAGACAAAGCUCGUCAAUUGUUACUGAUCUUUUUUCGGGACAGACAGUGCGAGGUUCUCAAUGCUGCAGCUGCGCCAAGCUUACAUGUCUUCACGAAGAACAACGAGUCAUUUCACUUUCAAUUCAAGCAAGCAAGAGUGGUCAAACACUGGCGAAUUGUAUAGAAAGUUUUCGUCAUACUGAGAAACUUACGGAUGAAAACUGCGUGUUCUGUGAUGGGUACUGCCAAGUCAAAACUGCGCGUCUCACUCAAACAUUGUUUCAUCGUGUGCCACCUGUACUGAUUCUCACGCUGCAAAGGUUUAGACAUACAUCGCUGGGAGGGAACAUCGAAAAGGUGAACACUAAAGUGAGCUUUCCGUGCGAAAGCGGCGAUUUGUUAGACCUAAAGCAAAGUUGUUUUCGUCGUGAUACCGAGGAGCGCACUGACUUCGAGCUCAUUGCCGUGUGUGCUCACCUUGGGGGAUCAAAUGAUUCCGGUCACUAUGUUGCUUACGUGAGGCAUCGUGGUACCCGUGGGGACUGUAAACAGUCUGAUCAGUGGCUUCGGAUUGACGACGAUGUAGUCACUGUGAUAGAUGUAGUGAAGUUUCGGGCCGAAACGGAGACGACUGCGUAUCUGCUCUUUUAUUCGUUAGUGACCAGUAGUAUAGAAAUGUAA